AUGGCUGAUCUCGCGAGCCGCAUCACCAAGCCCGACGACAAGCAGGUCGAGAAGCCGGUCGACAAGCCGGCCGACGCUGCGCCUGCUGCCGCUGCCGAGACGAAGCCCGCAGAUGAGACGGCAACCGAGGCGCAGGUGGACGGCGCGCCAGAGGCCCUCGGUGGCUCCGGCCUGCAAGAGCCGGAAUGGGAUGUCGAGGUCUCGCUGAGCGACCUUCAGAACAACGAGGCGACGCCGUUUCACUCCGCCACCACUUGGGAGGAUAUCAGACUGCCGGCCUCUAGCUCCCCUGACAUCCUGAAGGGUCUGCUGGCCCUCAACUUCCUCAAGCCAUCCAAGGUGCAAGGAAAGUCGCUGCCGUUGAUGCUGGCCGACCCCCCGCGCAAUAUGCUUGCGCAGUCGCAGUCGGGCACCGGCAAGACCGGCGCCUUUGUCACGGCCAUUCUGUCGCGCGUCGACUUUUCGCAGCCCGACGUGCCGCAGGCGCUCGCCCUGGCGCCCAGCCGCGAGCUCGCCCGCCAGAUUGAGGGCGUCGUCAGCGCCAUCGGCCGCUUCAUCCCCAACCUCAAGGUGGCGGCGGCGAUUCCAGGUGCGCUGCCCCGCGGCGUGCCCGUGCGCGCGGCGGUCAUUGUCGGCACGCCGGGUACGGUUAUGGACAUUAUCCGGCGCAAGCAGCUGGAUGCGACGACGCUCAAGGUGCUGGUGCUCGACGAGGCGGACAACAUGCUGGACCAGCAGGGCCUGGGUGACCAGUGCAUGCGCGUCAAGACUGGCAAUAGCAUGCUUCCCAAGACGAUUCAGACGCUUCUGUUUUCGGCGACGUUUCCAGACAAGGUUAACAACUACGCGGGAAAGUUUGCGCCCAACGCGCACACGCUCAAACUGCAGCGCAGCGAGCUCACGGUCAAGGGCAUUUCGCAAAUGUUCAUCGACUGCCCCGACGAUAAUACAAAGUACGAUGUGCUGUGCAAGCUGUACGGCUUGAUGACGAUUGGCCAGUCUGUUAUCUUUGUCAAGACGAGAGAAAGCGCCAACGAGAUUCAGCGCCGCAUGGUGGCAGACGGGCACAGGGUGUCGGCGCUGCACGCCGCGUUUGACGGCGGCGAGCGCGAUGACCUGCUGACCAAGUUCCGGACGGGCGAGAACAAGGUGCUGAUUACGACCAAUGUGCUGGCGCGCGGCAUCGACGUGUCGUCAGUGUCCAUGGUGAUCAACUACGACAUUCCGAUGAAGGGUCGCAACGAUGAGGAGCCCGACUACGAGACGUACCUGCACCGCAUCGGACGCACGGGGCGAUUCGGCCGCGUGGGUGUCAGCAUCAGCUUCGUCUACGACAAGAAGAGCUUUGAGGCGCUGAGCAAGAUUGCGGGGCAGUUUGGCAUUGACCUGGUGCAUCUGGACACGGAGGACUGGGACGAGGCGGAGACGCGCGUCAAGGAUGUGAUUAAGAAGAAUCGCGCGCAGGCUAGCUAUGCGCCGAGCGCGACAGAUAACAAGCAGGCGCCGAAGCAGCAGCAGCAGGAGCAGGGCCCAGCGGCGGGGGCGGCUUAG